AUGGAUGGACUGGUGAGAGAAUCUGAAAACGAGUCCUCAACUCUAGGUCCCUCAGCAAGUUCCUUACCCCUGCCGGACCCAUUCCGGCACCCAAUGGACUUCAUUCAGCCAUGGAAUUUCCACCUUAUUUCUGCUUUGAUGUUCUUGGUGACCGCCCUGUCUCUCUCUGAAAAUUUUACUGUCAUCCUGGUGACUGUGAAAUUCAAACAGCUAAGGCAGCCGGUCAACUAUGUCAUAGUGAACUUGUCUGUGGCGGAUUUCCUGGUCUCUCUGAUUGGAGGCACCAUCAGUUUCUUAACCAACAUGAAGGGUUAUUUUUACAUGGGCCGCUGGGCUUGUGUGCUGGAAGGAUUUGCAGUGACUUUCUUUGGGAUUGUUGCUCUCUGGUCACUUGCUCUGCUUGCAUUUGAGCGCUACUUUGUGAUCUGUCGCCCCUUGGGAAAUAUGCGCCUCCGAGGGAAGCAUGCAGCUCUGGGCAUAGCCUUUGUGUGGGUUUUCUCCUUUAUCUGGACCAUCCCCCCUACAAUGGGGUGGAGCAGCUACACGACUAGCAAGAUCGGAACAACCUGUGAACCCAACUGGUAUUCUGGAGACUACAAUGACCACACUUUCAUUAUUACAUUCUUCACCACCUGUUUCAUAUUACCACUCUUGGUGAUUUUGGUCUCCUAUGGGAAAUUAAUGCGGAAACUUAAGAAGGUCUCAGUCACUCAAGGCAGAUUAGGUUCUACAAGGAAGCCAGAAAGACAAGUCACUCGAAUGGUUAUUAUUAUGAUCCUUGCAUUUUUGAUCUGCUGGUCUCCGUAUGCAGCUUUCUCCAUCCUAGUCACUGCCUGUCCUUCUAUUGAACUGGAUGCCCGUCUUGCUGCCAUCCCAGCUUUCUUUUCCAAGACAGCUACAGUGUAUAAUCCAAUUAUUUAUGUCUUUAUGAACAAUCAGUUCCGGAGAUGUCUAAUCCAGCUGUUCCGAUGCAGUGACCAAGACAUUAUGCUUUCCAAGGUGAAUCCAGUUUCAGAUAGGGUGACGCUGACCAACAACAAAAAUUGUGGUGAGAUGCCCACUUUAGCAGCGCAAAUCACUGUUUACGACCGGAGAAGUGAAGACGAACACAGCAGCUGCCAUUCUUAUGCCCAGCUGGCCACUUCAGAAAACAAAGUCUGCUCAGUGUGA